CGCCGUCAACAACGCCCUCAAGAACAAGAUGAAGUUCAACCCUGACGUCUCCUCCUCCCGGCGCAAGUCGCGCAAGGCGCACUUCUCUGCCCCUUCCUCCGUCCGCCGCAAGAUCAUGUCCUCCUCGCUCUCCAAGGAGCUCCGCACCAAACACAAUGCCCGCUCCAUCCCUAUCCGGAAAGACGACGAGGUCCGGAUCGUUCGCGGCAAGUACAAGGGUCGUGAGGGCAAGGUUUCCCAGGUCUACAGGAAGAAGUGGGUUAUCCACGUCGACCGUGUGCAGCGCGACAAGGCGAACGGUUCGAGCAUCCCCAUCGGCAUCCACCCAAGCAAUGUUGUCAUUAUCAACAUCAAGCUUGACAAGGACCGGCGAGCAAUCUUGGAGCGCAAGGAUCGCUCAAAGUCAACAAAGGCUGCUGCCGAGGAUGUCGAGAUGGCAGAGUAAACCAUUCUUUGGCGCCGCGUUGUCUUCAUCCUUCCCUCCCCUUUCGCAUGAGUACCCCAAAAGUUUUUCCAUGUAUCUAUGCAUACGGCCUCGCACAUGAUAUGCCCCACGAGCAGCUUUCUGAUGGAGA